GCCGAGCCGGUAGCUCAAUCUUCUCGAUCUCCUUCUCCUUCGACCGAUCUUCUUCUCUUCUUCCCAAGAACUCAUUUUCGAUCUCCUUCUCUGUCCGGCGGAGGUUCUUCUCUUUCAUUCUCUUCUAGCCUUCAAGUGUGUAUUAGACAUUUAAACAUCAUUACAACUGUGGUUGGAGAUUAUCAAGCUUCUAAAUUCUAAGGAAGAUUCAUGAGCAUUCGAGCACACUGAGCAGGAACUCAUCCACCUUGGGAGUAAACCAGAUCUCAUCUAUGGCGGAUUCAGGUCUCUCUCUGCUCUAUCUUCUUAUUCUUCUUCCCCCACUCUCCCUCAUCAUCUUCCUCUACCUCAUCGUCCGGCCGCGUCCCGUGAAGAUCUCGAUCAAGAAUCGCCACGUCUUCAUAACCGGCGGCUCCAGCGGCAUUGGCUUGGCUUUAGCUCACCAAGCCGCUUUGGAAGGCGCUAGAGUGUCGAUAUUAGCUCAGAAUGCCAAUAAACUCGAGGCCGCAAAGCGAGAGAUCAGGCUCUCCACGGGGCGUGACAUUGGCAUAUUUAGCGCCGAUGUUAGAGACUACGAUGCCUUGAAGAAGGCCGUGGAAGAGGCUGGCCCUAUCGAUGUUCUGGUCAGUAAUCAUGGGGUGGUUAUGCCGCGGGAGCUGGAGAAUCAGGAUCUGGAUGAGGUGAAGUUCAUGAUUGAUGUUAACUUAUUGGGGACUUUUAAUUUGAUCAAAGCUGCGUUGCCGGGAAUGAAGAACAGGGAAAACCGUGGGCCAGGAUUGAUUGGAAUCGUGUCAUCUCAGGCCGGCCAGGCUGGCAUCUUCGGGUAUACAGGUUAUUCGGCUUCUAAAUUCGGCCUCAGAGGUCUGGCAGAAGCACUGCAGCAGGAGGUUGUUGCAGACAACAUUCACGUAUCUCUAAUAUUUCCUCCUGACACUGAUACUCCUGGCCUUGCCGAAGAGAACAAAAGGAGGCCGCCGCUCACGAGUAUAAUAGCAGCUUCUUCUGGUACAGUGAGAGCUGAAGAAGUUGCCAAGAAAGCUUGGGAUGGAAUGAGAUCUGGAAAUUUUUUUGUUCCAUGCAACUUUGAGGGGUUCAUGCUGUCUAUAGCCACUGCUGGUCUAUCUCCUCAAAGAUCAUUUCUCAUGGCUUUCGUUGAGGUCUUUACGGCCGGCCUUAUGCGGGUCGUGGCUCUAUGUUUCCAAUGGGAUUGGUAUCGAAGCAUUGAAAAGUAUCACGCGCUAAAGAAAUAGUAAGCAAUUUAUUUGAUCUUUAUAUAGGAUGCCAUCUCUUUCCGUCUAAUAUACGCUUGUUUCUUGUUUCGAUCAUACGCAUGAAUUUCUUGUGUAUGAUCUAAACAAUCGUCACUUAGUACAUUCCUUGGAUUGGGGAGGGGGGGGGUGGCUACACUUGAACAAUACAGGGUACAAGUUGUAAUCCUU